CCCUUUCAUAUCUCACCUGAAUCUGUGACUCACUGGGCUAAUGAGGGCAGCUGAAAGAGGCCUCCUGACCUUAGGCCAUGUCUUAAAUGGCCAACAUUAUGACGGGGUUCCACUCGGACUCCUUUGAUUUAGAAACAGGAUGGUGAUCCUGCUUCUGUUCCUGCCCCUGCUCCUGCUGCUCCUCCUGGCAGCCGGGGUGUUCUCAAUGGGAGUCGGACUGUGGGUGAUUUGCAAUAAUAUUUUGACUGUGGCCAUUCCUGCAGCUGUCAGCCACCCCAUGAGACUGAGGGUCCUCCAUUGCCUGUUCCAGCUCAUCGAGACAUGGGGCUAUAUUUUUGAAAAACUGAGAAUCUGUUCCAUGUGCCAGUUUGUCCGUUUCAUACAUGACCUGAAACCGUUGAAAAAGGAUCCAGAUGUGAUGUUCACAGAUCUUCGCUUUGGGUCAAUCCCUGUGAAGCUGUACUGGCCCAAGGCACCCACCUGUACCCCCAGGCCUGGCAUCGUGUUCUACCAUGGUGGCGGAGGAGUCAUAGGGAGCUUGAAAACCCACCAUGCCAUAUUCACUCGUUUGUGCAAGGAGAGUGAUUCAGUGGUUCUGGCUGUUGGGUACCGACAGUUACCCAUGCAUGGGGUUUCGACGAUCAAGAGAGACUGCAUAGUGGCCACCAUCCAUUUCCUGAGGUCCCUGGAUACAUAUGGAGUGGAUCCAGACCGUGUGGUGGUCUGUGGUGACAGCCUAGGGGGGACAGCAGCAGCGAUGAUUUGUGAAAGACUGAUGAACACUCCGAAUCUCCCCCGAAUCCGUGCUCACAUUCUGGUCUAUGCUGUUCUCCAGAGCCUGGAUUUCCAACUCCCUUCCUGUCAGCAGAACCAGAAUGUCCCACUGCUCUCUAGUGAGUUUGUUUUCUACUGUGUGUGUUGUCUCCUGGAUAUCAGCCCUUCCUGGAAAAAUGCCAUCAUGAAAGGUGCCCACUUGCCUGCUGAAGUCUGGGCAAAGUAUAAAAAGUGGUUGGAUCCAGAAAACAUCCCAGAGAGGUUUAAGAAAAGCUACCGACCUGUUGCCCAUGCACCCCUGAAUGAAGAUGUUUACCUGGAGACAAGAAGUAUUCUGAAUAGCACUUACUCACCCCUGCUUAUCGAAGACAACAUAAUGUCUCAGUACCCAGAAGCUUGCAUCGUGAGCUGUGAACAUGACUUUUUCCGGGACCAUUCGCUGCUGUACAAGAAGAGGCUAGAGGACCUGGGGGUGCCCGUGACUUGGCAUCACAUAGAGGAUGGUUUUCACGGGGCGCUCACCACCCUCGACAUGGGCUGCUUUUACUUCCCCUGCUCCACGAGAAUUUUGAAUGCAAUGACCCAUUUUAUAAAGAAGUUGUGA